AUGCAGGGCUCUGCUGAGGCUUCCAGCAUCUCAUCACGACAUAUCAGGGCUGGCCUGCUCGACGCUCUCGAAGUUCACUUCGUUCCGCUGGCAGCUGCUUGCCCAAGAGUGGCGUCCUUCGACGACGUGGUCCAAACACUGGAAACGCAUGGUGUGGCGCUAACAAGGCUGGCUGAGUUCAAAAUUGGCGUCGAGGAAUGAACUUCACGUCACACUAAGCACCAACACGAAACGCCACCACCAUAGGCAGCACACCACGUUGGGCCCACGUUGGCUUCCCCGUGGCAACCACGUGGUGGGUGAGUGGAGGAGCGUGGGCCAACUUCACCGUAAGCUCCCCGUGUAGGCCCCAUUUCGGUGCUAGUGCGUCGCCAAACAUUUGUCCUAUCUGUAGGCAGGCCAUCUAUCUCAGUUGUUCGAAAGUGAAGCAAUAUGGCGCCGAAAUAUCCAAUAUUUCAGUGGUAUCAGGGAGUGACUCGCUGUAAGUCCACCAGCAUUUGUUUUAAACAGACCAGAGACUUCCGGUAAUUGUGGAGAAAGGACGGUUCAACUGAGAACCUGAUUCCAUGGGGUGAUAAUGAUUCAUCACCUAACUGGGGAGGUUGUGUCUAGUCAUCCUUCGAGGGAUGAAGAUCAUGGUGUGACGAAAAAUGUUGCCAUUCACCGGAAGCUAUCUGACAGCGGGGAAAGAACUAGAUGAGUCAUGACUGAAGUCACAAUGAGGAUCUAAUCCCAUAUGGAAAGUGAAUGUCUCAGAAAGCGAUAAUCGAGGGAGGUAGUUACUCUCUGGAGUAUCCUUAGCCAGACCGAGAGAGACUUGACGGCAAGGUUCCUGGUAGAUAAGAAACAUUCGUGUGAAAAUAUAGAAGCCUAUUUCGGGCCUCUUCUAUGCCCAUGCAAGUUGUGCCGCAAGUCAGCGUUUAAUGUUGGCCAAACCGAG